AGGCCUCGCUGAUUUCGGUGCUGGUGGAGUUUGUGAUCUACGCCACGCUGGCGACGGCCGGGUAUUUGUCCUUCCGGGGCGGCACGGAGCAGGACUUCAUUCGCAACUACCCCGCGGAUGAUUGGUGGAUGCUGGUGGUGCGGUGCUUGUACUCCGUGCCGGUGGUCUUUGGGGUACCCAUCAAUCUGGCGCCCGCGGCGGCGUCCAUGAUGGCCUUGGCAGGCCACUGGAGCCCCGCUUUUGCGCGGCAGCGCAGCGGGUCCUCGGCGGAGCUGCCCAGCGGCGCCUGGUGGUCCCGGGUGGCGGUGCUGGCGCUGGCGCUGGGCUCCUGCGCGCUGGUGGCGCUAUGCUCGGAGGCCUUUGCCGAUGUCAUCGGCCUCUUCGGCGCAUGCUUCGGGACGCUGAUCUGCUUGGUCUGGCCGCUGAUGAUCUACAUCAAGGUGAUGAAGAACUUGCACUCCCGGGCCCUCUCCACAGUGAUCAUCGCCGCGCUGAUCGGCGCGGCGCUACUGGGCAUGGCUGCCUUCGUGGAGCAAUUCUUUAGCUUUGUGUCCUGAAGCGAGGAUCCCACCGAGUCGAUCCCGCGGAUCGAUCCGCGGAUCGAUCCCGCGACUCGAGUCGCGGAGUCGAGGGCUUCCAAGUUGGAGUCUAGGUUUGGAUGCUUGUUUUUUUUUUUUUUUUGGG